AUCUUUUCACCACCACACAGGUGUUUGCAAGAAAGCAGAGGAUUGGGUGAUUGGUUGUGGUUUCAGCCAAUCAGAUCCCAAAAUGUUUGCUGCGACCUGUGCUAAUGAGGUCAUCACCACAGGCUUGCAGACCCCGGUUGGCCCGGCAACCAGAACCUACACUGUCAAUCAUGAAGUCACAGAUGACAAUGGUUCCACCCAGCCUGACCAACCAAAGAUCAGCUGUGCAGUUGUUCUGAACAACCGCCAGUCUCUGGCCGACAUUGGUUGCCGUGGAAACAAGGGAGUUAUCCUGGGAGACGACCUUGGUAACCUGGCUGUGUACGAGCUUGUUCCACCCAAGAGGAAGGACACGACCUUUGCUGGGAAGGUCAAGGGUCAAGAUAGCACCCAAGUGUACUGCAAGAAGGUCAGUCAUGAUUACAACAUAAUGAAAUGA